AUGUACGGUAACCAGCAUUCUUCUCGCGUUGUAACCCUUGGAAGCCCAUUCAAUAUAACGGUAAUGGGUUACAAAUUGGAUGAAGCCAUGGCGGCAUUUCUAUCCCUGGAGCCUGCAUGCGGUGAUGCCAAUGUCACCAGUAAAAUUCUCCUCAUCAAAAUGGCUCUGCAUCCAGAUUUAAUUUAUGAAAAGGAGGAAGGAAAUGUUGCCAUGUGGAUCGGAGUUCAGAUUUUCAGGAGGCAUUACUUAGACUCGCUGACAAGCUACGAAAGGUCCGUAAAGGAGGUCUUUGAGAUGGAGCGGACUCUCUAUCUUUGCAUAACGGAUAUUCAAGAUACUUCUGACGCCAAUCCUCCCAUUAAAAACGCAAGAUAUUCUGGCAUAAAAUACCUUGUUUCUGGUCCGCGAGUGGUGGAUAAUGAAGGGCUAAUGACUGAUGGGCCGAGAAAAUUUACAAUGUUGGUUGACAGGAAGAUGCCAGUUUUUAGUCACAAGAUACUCAUUGCAUCUUUUCCGGGCAGAGUCCCUCCUCGCUUGACUUGUGAAGGUGGUUUGGCCGGGUACUCUGGAUCGGCCGUAUUUCAAUUUCAUGCCUUUGAUGACAAUGUGAUUAGUUGGAACGUUUCUUCAGUCAGUGAAUCUUCCAUCAUUUGCUGGUGUGGAAGGCGUCGUUGCGUUUCUCUGGAUGAUUACUCUACGACUGUACAGUUGCCCAAGGGUUUGGCUAAAGCGCCAAAUUUAGGUGCAAACUCAAUGUUUCUGGCUUUACCAAUCACGGAGAGAAUUAGUGUGGCUCUCUCUGGAAGUGUGACGGGAUAUGAUGAGAUUAGGUUGGUCGGAAAGAAUGUAAAGUGCGGGUAUGCCUACUCGUCCAAAAUGACCAAUAACCUCAAUAUGGAUAGUCACAUCACAACGAUACUCCCAAUCGGUAAUGGACUCUCUACAAAGGAGCUGGUGAGGCGGAGGAAUUCCCUCGGAUCGUCUGUUGCAUUUCAGAGGUACCACAAAUGGAGGUCAUUUGACCUCAGCGUAAGAGCGACGAGAGGCGAGCCCUUUUACAAGAUUUGCCACUGCCAGUUUUUGAUUAAUGAAUCUUGCCAGAAUGAUGAAGAUUUUGGAAGCCUGGCAGGGAUUGUGUCCCCCAAAAUUAGUCGCACAAGUGGGAGUUUUGGUAACAUUAGGGUGAGAAUUUGUAAUGGUGGAAUCUUUAUAAUGGAAGGUUAUAGUCGAAAUCUUUUGGUGAAAAAUAUCGAUUGUUAG